CCAAAGAACCGGGAUAUGGUGCGUAGGUGGCAGCACCCUAGUGGAGGAAACGAUUUAUUCAACUUGCGAAGAUCAGAUUUAGAAAAAAGAUCCAGUUCAUUCGAAGCCUCUCAAUAUUUGCUGUACUUUGUCCCACUUUCAUCUCAAAGCCCAUUGAUUUUGGAGAGAGAGAGAGAGAGAGAGCACAAAAUGGCAAGCUGCAACAUGGCAUCAGCUGCUUCUGGGUUUGUUCUAACACCUAAUGUUACAAGCAGCGCAAGUUCAUCUGCCAGGAGCAACAUGGUAUGCUUUCCUGUCAAGAACAACAACAUCAACAACAGCAACAGCUCAAGGCUUGUUGUAAGGGCAGCUGAGGAGGGGGCAGCUCCACCGGCAACCACCGCAGCGUCACCUGUAGGUGAAGCUCCAAAGGCUAAGCCACCGCCGAUUGGACCCAAGAGAGGCACUAAGGUUAAGAUUCUUAGGAGGGAGUCUUACUGGUUCAAGGGCGUUGGAUCUGUGGUAGCUGUUGACCAGGACCCAAAGAGUCGCUACCCAGUGGUGGUUCGAUUCAACAAAGUUAACUAUGCAAAUGUAUCUACAAAUAACUAUGCAUUGGAUGAGAUUGAAGAAGUUAAAUGAGUCGUGGUUGUAUUGUAAUAGUAAUUGCAAUUGUAAUUCUCCCACUAUUCCACUCUCUAGCUUUAGCAAGUUUGUGCCAGAAAUGUGUAUCAUACUCUCUUUGAUUUCUUGUCUCUUCUUGCUUAUAAUGUUAUGAUCAUAUCGAUAUUGUUCAUGACAUUCCACAUUGGCUGUAAUUUGAACCAGUUUUAAGAAAGGAAGGCCACCAUUAAUUCUGCAA